CCAGAUUCGGAGUAAAGACUCGGUGGAAAGGGAGCAAACGAAUAUAGGUGUCGGUAGAAAAACCGUGAGACGAUUGUUGGUUCUGGCGAUUAUCGUUUUAAAAGUGACCCGUUCGUUGAGGAAGAUUCGGAUCGAUCGGUUGCGGAAUUAAAAAGCUGGAAGAAAGAGGAAGAAACGCCAUAGACGGAGUUAUUCGGCAUCGACAUCGCGAGAUCCUCGACAUCGACUUCUUGGGAACUGUGGCGAAGAAAAAUGCGACGUCCGAAGCAAUAUUACACGAUUUUACGAUGAGGAGCAACCGGCAAGACGCCCCGAGUCGUCGAAACAGCGACGGCGACUGAUUAUGACGCGCGUCCACACGCGCCGCGAUCUCUCUCGUCUCCUCCUGCCAUUCUCAUCCUCCGAGACCUUCCACCUUCCUUGCAACCUGAUCCUCCUCCUCCUCGGCAUCGUCUCUGUCCGCAGUGUCCUGCCGUGCAGCGAAAAGACGAGGCCCCAGAGUCAUGACCUUGCUACGUUUCCCUAUCUCACUGACCCCGCCGAAAGAAAAUACUCCCGCAGAGUACCCGACGAUCCUCGAGAGUGGAUACAGCGCGAUCUGAACGAAUACGAGAUUUCCGGCUCAUCGGAUCAACCCUACGGGAUCGGAAUUCAAGAUGACGACAGGACGUCGCUGAGAAGAACGAGCUCGUCGAAGAAGGCCAAGCACGUGGCGAACGAGCACGUCGAAUCGUCUGGUAACGACGAUUCGCGAUUCACGAUCGUGCCUAAGAUCGUGAACAGUUACUUGGGCGAAUCGCGCAGGCGACACGAGAAACGAAAGUUCCGACGGGAAAACGAUGCAUUGGCUAACGUCGACGGCCAGGAGACGUCUUGGUUGAACGGUGUGAACUAUCGCGAUAAGAAGCACAUCGAGCUGAGGAUGAAAAGGAACUUUGGAAGGAAGCACAAAUUGGACAGGAGGACGGGGACGAAUUUUGCCGGAUCAGAAGAAUCGCUGCUCGAUUGCGAAGAAUGCGAGGAAGAAUUCAGGGGGAACGAGGACUCGAGGUCUGCGAGAAGAAAUAGGUCUGAUAAAAUCGUGGAUAAUCCCGAAGCGAAAGGAAACAAUGGGACCGAGAAUCCAGUUCAUUCGAUCGAAGUAAAUGGCAAUCUGUCACCGACCUCGAAUGAGAGCAGCGAGGAACCUUUUACGGGCUUCGAGGGUUCACAGAAAUUCCCUAUAAAAGUCACGUACAAACCGCCUGUAGCGCCGCAGGUCGAAAAGUUUGACAGGAGGCACUUUGGCCCGCCCAAAAUGGAUAUUUCCGAAACUACAGUCGCGUCGUAUCCGUCGACCAUGUCACCGGAUCUUCCGAAAAGCCCGGGCAGGGACGUUCUUCAUCGACAUCGUAAAGUAGAUGAGAAUACGGAGGAGGAACGGAGGCAGGAAGCGAUUGAGGAAAAUGAAAAAGCUGACGACACCACGGACGAUCACUGGUUACCGGGUGCAUCUUCUGGUCGGCGAUCCUCCAGCAUAUCCGGUGGAAAGCCUUUUCCAGAGGAGAAGCGCGUUUCCGUGUCCUCGACGUCAUCUCUGCCGUCGACGUCGCCUGGCAUCGGUGAUAAGGAUUUGGAGAACGAGACGAGUACCGAGAGUGCUGAAGGGGAAGACGAGGAGAGCAGUGUCACAGUGCCAAACGUGAAAUCGCCUGAAAAGAUAAACAUAACCAUCCUGGGUCUAUUCGAGAUGACGCAGGGUCUUGAACCCAGACCGGAAGGACCCAGCGAGCUACAAGCAGCCAGAUUAGCCGUCGAGCGUGUCAACGAAAUGAACGUCUUAUCCAAGUUUCGACUGCGUCUUAUUCACAACGAUACCAAGUGCGACCCGGGGGUGGCGAUCGACAGGUUCUUCCACGCUCUCUACUCGUCGAAGAAGAACGACCUGAUACCGUUGCUGCUGGGCACCGCCUGCUCCGAGGUCACGGAAACCUUAGCCAAAAUCGUGCCCUACUGGAACGUGAUACAAGUCUCCUUCGGUUCCACCGCGCCUGCCCUCUCGGAUUCUACCGAAUUUCCGCUUUUCUUACGUACAGUCGCGCCGGAUUCGAGUCACAACUCGGCCAGGAUAGCUCUCAUCAAGCAUUUCGGCUGGGACACCGUCACGGCGCUCUCUCAGACCGGCGACAUGUACUCUUUGGCUGUGAACGAUCUAGUCACGGAACUGGAGCAGGCGAAUAUCACGUGCACCGCCACCAUCACGUUCGCGGAGAACGAUUACAAGGAACAGCUGCAAACUUUAAAAGACUUGGACACGAGGAUCAUCAUCGGCAGCUUUUCGCCGCGGCUGGCGCCACGCGUUUUCUGCGAGGCAUGGAAGCUGGGCAUGCACGGCGGGGAUUACGCAUGGAUUCUGCCAGGUGACACGAUCGACUUGACGGGAAUGAAGGGUAAUCGGUGGCAGUCUGGACCAGAGGAAUGUACGCUCUCGCAGCUAUCCCAAACUCUGAACGGGUUGAUUAUCGUCGAGAGUCACGGCUCUGCCUUAGGCAACGAAAUUAGUUCGUCGGGUCUGACGAGCAGCAAGUUCACGUCGGAAUUGGCAAGAAGAGGCGUGACGCACUCGAAAUACGCGGGACAGACCUAUGACGCCGUCUGGGCCAUGGCGCUAGCUUUGGAGAAGACGGAGGAUCUCCUGAACCAGGACAACGCGAGCAUAACGCAGUAUACGCACGCGAGGAAGGACAUCGCGAUGCGAUUGUUGGAUCAGCUGAAACUUUUGCGUUUCGUCGGAGUCUCGGGACCGGUGUCGUUCGAUGGCGCCGACCGAGUGGGCAUCACGGCGUUCUACCAGAUGCACGGCCACGUUAUGUCAAGGAUAGCCAUCUUCAGCCCGGAAGAUGGAAAGUUGAUAAUGAAUUGCCCGGAAUGCGCAAUGACGAGAUGGCCGGACGGGCAUCCUCCUGCGGCCCGCAGGGUUUUCCGGUUAAGAGUGGUAACCGUAGCACCUGCGGCUUUUCUUGCGGUUACUUGCCUCGCCAGCGUCGGUGUCACUUUGGCGCUCGUUUUCCUGGCCUUCAAUUUACAUUUUCGAAAACACAAGAGCAUAAAGCUUUCGAGUCCUAGAUUGAACAAUAUGGCCGCUGUCGGCUGCGGUUUGGUCUACGGUGCCGUGAUACUUUUGGGCUUGGAUCACGCCACUCUUCCGGACAGCAAUGAUUAUUAUCCCACAGUCUGCACCGCGAGGGUGUACUUGUUAUCUGCCGGCUUUUCCUUAGCUUUCGGAUCAAUGUUUACCAAGACCUACCGCGUUCACCGGAUUUUCACCAGGAGCAAGAGCGGCGUUGUCAAGAACAAGCUACUUCAAGAUACCCAGCUUAUAAGCUUAAUCUGCGUGCUUCUACUGAUAGACGGCCUCGUGGUGACUCUGUGGGUGACUUUCGACCCCAUGCAACGCCAUCUGCGAAACCUAACUCUGGAGAUUAGCCCGCAGGACAGAGGCGUAGUCUACCAACCUCAGGUAGAGGUGUGCCGAUCGCAACACACGAACAGCUGGCUGGGCGCACUUUACGUGUACAAAGGUCUAUUGCUGAUCGUCGGUGUAUACAUGGCUUGGGAGACGAGACACGUGAAAAUACCAGCCUUGAACGACUCGCAGUACAUCGGCAUGAGCGUUUAUUUCGUGGUGAUUACCUCUGGGAUCGUGGUAGUUUUGGCCAAUUUGAUGUCCGAUCGUGCAACCCUGGCCUUCGUUACAAUUACCGCUCUAAUCUUGGCUUCCACGACCGCGACGCUGGCGUUGCUCUUCCUUCCCCAAUUGACGAACAUCCUAGCUGGCGAAAGGGCCGAUCCAGUCGUGCAAAGUCUCGGCCUGAAGAUCGAGUGCAAUACGAGAAGAUUCGUGACCGACGAUAGAACCGAGCUUCAAUACCGCGUGGAAGUGCAGAAUCGUGUGUAUCGUCGUGAAAUGGCACAGCUGGAACUGGAAUUGGCCAGAUUGGAGAAACAAUUGGCACAGGAACCGGUUGAACCAUCGCACGCUUCGUCAAGCGCAUCGAUUCCGCAGCGCAAUCCCAGCAUCGGGGGUGGUCUACCUUUGUUAUUGCUCAGCGUCCUCCCACCAGUCAUCCCUAGGGCUAGCUGGCCAUCCGCCGAUUCGUCCGGAAUACGCCGCGGUACUGUAGCGUUUAGCAGUCAGCCGGACUUGGAACCGGAUGGGACCAGGAGAAGUCUCGCGGAUAUUUACAAACUUCACCAGCGAAGAGAGACGGAAGGACCAAACCGUUUGGGCGUUUUCCAGCGACUCUUCAGCCUUUUCGGUAGUCGUCCUACCAGCAGGAAGACUUCGACUGCCUCGUUUACGGGUGUAGCAUCGGCACUACGGGUUCACAUGGGCUACAUCGCCGGUCUGGUACCAGACACGAAAGCUGCAUCUACCUGUCAGGUUAAUGCCCAAGGCACUCGUUCGCCUCAUCCUCGAUGUGGUUCAGGACCAAUAAUUAGUAUUACUAGCGAAGAAGAUCGCAGAUUAAGCUUGGGGCUACGUCGUAAAGAGUACAGUGAACCAAGAGUCAAUUUCAGCCUACCGCCCAAAGCGAGCACCAGCCAAAGUUCAUCGCGGGAAAAAAUUCGAGGAUCGCCGAGGUUUCCUCAUCGGAUAGUGCCGACAAACAGUUUAAACACGAUCGCGCCAGGAUCCUCGAUCUCGCGAUCCCAUCGAUGGCAUUCCAUGGAAGACGCGAGAAAAACGAAAGUCACCCAACUCCCUCGUGGCUCGUCGUGCAGCCCUAGCUACGACGUAUGGGCCACUCGUGAAUUUGGAAUUCCAUUAAGCGAAUUGGGAAACAGUGCUCGAGGCAAGAAAGCCCCGGAAUCAUUAGCCUUGACUAUUAUGGCGGAGUCGAACGUGAAUGCCGAUGACGCGAAACUCGGCAACAAUUUGAGAAAACUGUUCGAAGAAGACGAUAUGCACGGUAACGUUAGUCCUGUCGAGUCGGAGCUGAAAAUCACUCGGUCCACCUCCUCUUCGUCCUCGUCACCAACCAACACUAGGACAUCGAGUGCUAUCCACGACGCGUUGUUCUCUAGAAACGAGUCCAGUUCUGAAUCUGCCCACCUAGACACGAGUACAAACUUUAUUCAGAAAUCAGAGUGUUCUCGACCCUCGAGCCCCGCAGUUCACCCGUCGAAUCCGGACACCCCCGAAGAGAUAAAUAAUUAUACGAACGCGUCGUACGAAAAUGGAAAAUCAACUGCCGCGUAGAGUAUAACGAUAACGUAUGGGGAAAAAUAACUUCCUAUUGCAAUAUUUUUCCCUCCUGUGCUAGUUCACUCCUGACACGUACAAGUAUAUCCUUCAUCGAGAUAAAUAAAUCUAAUCUCGAUAAUUUAUAUUUGGUAAAAUGUGAAAGAACGAGGGGAAAUCUUCAGAUAACCCGAUACCUGAGAAUAUUACCUGCUUUUACAUCCCCCUUACUUGUUUUCUCUCCCCCUUUUUGUUCUUCUUUCUUCUUUUUGCGUUUGUUUCGUUAACAAUGUAAUCCUACGAUAAAUACAAUCACCCGUGUACGUGACAAUCUUGAAUAAUCGUGUCCAGGAAAAAUCAAGCUCAAGUUGAUUGUACGAAAAUUUAGUACGAGGGUCAAGAACCUACCACUGUUUGAAUUUAUAAUGCGUGUUCCUUAGUAAUCGUGCCAAAAAAAAAAAAAAAAAACAAAACUAUGGGGCCCGUAAAAGUAUACAGCUGAUCGAUUUUAUGGAUUAUCACAUUAUGGAGGGACCAAAGUAUAAUAAUAGUCUUUUCUUCGUUAUUCAAAAUUAUUUCCAAUCGAUGCUCGAAUUAUGCAAGUUCGUAACAAUUACUUAAUGUGUUUAAUCGUAAGUACGAGGGUUCUAAUUGUAUUUUCAUUGCUUCGAUAUCGUUUCAGGUAAUUAAAACGACGCGAAUUGAAUAAAAUCGUGGAGGGCAUGCUGAGAGUACUCUUACAGGUCCAAUGUUAAAGUGUUCAGUACCCCAAACCCUUCCAGUACCUGCACUCGGUGUAAUAAAAAAAUAUCUCUUUUCGAAAUGCAGAGCCAUGAAAAUAAAAAUGUUGGCUUCUUCUGUAAAUCUUCAAGUGUGAUGUAUUGAUAUUUUAACACUAAUACGCAUAAAGAGUAUAUAUAUAAAUAUAUAUAGGUAAUUGGGAAACAAUUGAAAAGGUUUCCCAGAUUUCGUACCUCGAGCAUCUCGAUGUGUCAAUCAUUGAAUUACUAACUUAUUACUAAGCAAUAAUCUU